GCAAAAAAAAAGAUGCCACAAGUGAAAAAGGAGAAAGCCAAACUCAAGACUUUGAAGCCUCAGGACAGGAAGUGGAAGGCCACGGAAGAGAAGGAAAAGAAGAUCAAAAAGCUCGAAACUGGAGACGAAUUACUCAACAAGAUUCAGGAGGUGGAGCUGCCAGACAUGGAGGAGGACGGCAAUGUGCCCGUUUACGACGAUUGCGAUGAGAUCCGCAAGAAAAUCAACUUUUUUUUCCUGGGAGAAAAGAUCGUGACAAAGGCGGCUUUCCUACGUGCACUGGGCGACGUCAACAGCAACAGCCUGCGCAGCUUCAUGAACUUGAAACGUGGCGCUGGAUCGGGUGCGGCUAACGUGGUGUACCGCACAGCCUACAUUUUCUUCGAGAAGAAACGCAUCUUGGAAGGUGGCAAGAAGACAAAGAAGCGUCUUGACAACGAGAAGACGCAGGGCCGUCAAGGAUUCCCACUGCGUCACGACAACGGCAUGCGCAGGGUCAUCGUAGGAAUCCGCACGUGAAUGCAGUUUAGUUUUCGCUUCUACAUGUUUCUGUAUAUUACUUAAGUACUAGUUAAGAAGUUUUUGCCGUGGCCGCAAUUAUUUUUAUCGCAUUUGCACUUUAAUUAUUAGCAUUCGAAACAUUUGCAAUUUUUU